GUGUGUGUGUUAGCAGGGAGCGGCCCGGUGCGUUCCGCUCCCAGUUGAAGUCCAGCGUCUGUCUGUCUGCCCCGCCGCUGCGCUGCGCUCCGGUCCUCCAGUCCUCAGCUCCUCGGCUUCUCUCGGUUCCUCCCGGUUCUGCCCAGUUCUUCUCGGUUCCUCGUCUCCCCGCACCAAACAACGUCAAGAUGCCGUUUGGAAUCGGGAGUUUUAUUUCGGUCCUUAUUAAGGCCGCAAGCAACGUGGAUCCGGCCAUGUUCAUCCCCUCGCCUCCUCCUCCUGCUCGCAGGCCCCAUCAGUUCGAGGAGGCUCAUGAGAACGAGGAGGAGAAACAGUUCCGGAGGGUCUUCAAGCAGCUGGCCGGAGACGACAUGGAGGUGAGCCCCAACGAGCUGAUGAACAUCCUCAACAAGGUCAUCUCCAAACACGGGGGUCUGAAGACGGACGGCUUCAGCAUCGAGUCCUGCAGGAGCAUGGUGGCCGUCAUGGACAGUGACAGCACAGGCAAGCUGGGCUUCCACGAGUUCAAGUACCUGUGGAACAACAUCAAGAGAUGGCAGGGCGUCUAUCUGAAGCACGACCGGGACAGGUCAGGGGUCAUCAGCAAGCGCGAGCUGGGCGGAGCCUUCCAGGAGGCGGGGUUUCCCCUGCAGGACGAGCUCUACAAGCUGAUCAUCCGCCGCUACUGCGACGAGCACGGAGACAUGGACUUCGACAACUACAUCGGCUGCCUGGUGCGGCUGGACGCCAUGUGCAGAGCCUUUAAGACUCUGGACAAGAACAACAGCAACAGCAUCGAGCUGGACAUCAAGGAGUGGCUCCAGCUGACCAUGUACUCCUGAGCGGCGGCAGCAGGACACAGGAGCGUUCUCUUUGUUCGUGUCAUUGAAAUGGUAAUGGGACCAAGACGGCAGCACGGAGCUGAGUGAGCGCUGACGGUGGACCGCAGCCACGGCUCCGCUCUGCCAGCCACAGAGCCUCUCUGGAAAUUCACCUUCCAAUAAAAUUCCUCAUCCGAC